CAUGUUGCUCAGCAAGAGCAGCGUUUUAAAAUAUUUUCAGAAGCUUAUUUGGAGAGUUGGACGGAGUUCGUAAAGGACACAGCCUGGAUAUGUUUUUUUAACAGUUUGAUAAGGGUUUUACUUAAACGGAGAGAUUAAAGUACUCGUCUGUUUACUGAGUAGACGUGGAAAUUGAAAGUUAGACUGUCUUUUACCCCAUGCUUGAAGAACGAAGACUCCUUAAAGGAGCCUGGGUGUAGGAAACAUGAAGUUUGCACGUCUCUUAAUGAAAAAUGUAAUUUUGGCAAAUAUUCCACGGCAUGUCGAAAAAUUCUCCAAGUAUUCUCCAUCACCACUAUCCAUGAAGCAGUUCUUAGAUUUCGGAUCAGCUAAUGCUUGUGAGAAGACAUCCUUUGUGUUUUUAAGACAGGAGCUUCCAGUUAGGCUUGCUAACAUUAUGAAGGAAAUUAACUUCCUUCCAGACAAGUUACUUGGUACACCAUCUUUGCAGCUUCUUCAAAGCUGGUACUCACAGAGUCUAAUGGAAAUGGUAGAAUUUCUGGAAAAGAAUCCUGAAGAUCAAAAGGUUUUAUCAGAUUUUACAGAGGUUCUUAUCAACAUCAGAAACAGACAUAACAAUGUGGUGCCCACCAUGGCUCAGGGUGUGAUUGAAUAUAAAGAAGCCUUUGGAGUGGAUCCAGUCACCAACCAAAACGUCCAGUACUUCCUGGAUCGCUUUUACAUGAGCCGAAUUUCUAUCCGCAUGCUCAUAAACCAGCAUACUCUUAUCUUUGAAGGGAGCAGAAAUCCAGCACAUCCAAAACAUAUUGGAAGUAUUGAUCCUAACUGCGAUGUAGUUGAAGUGGUAAAAGAUGCAUAUGAAAGCUCAAGGUUGCUGUGUGAUCAGUAUUAUUUAGCCUCACCAGAGGUACAAAUUAAACAGAAGAAUGCCAAAGCAGUUGGCCAACCAAUUCACUUAGUGUAUGUCCCUUCUCAUCUUUAUCACAUGUUGUUUGAACUCUUCAAGAAUUCUAUGAGAGCUACAGUGGAAACACAUGAGUCCAGGUCUCUUCCGCCAAUAGAAGUUAUGGUUGCAUUAGGAAAAGAAGAUCUCACUAUUAAGAUGUCAGAUAUGGGAGGAGGAGUUCCUCUACGGAAGAUUGACCGGCUUUUCAGCUAUAUGUACACAACAGCACCAAGCCCUGUGAUGGACAACUCACGAAAUGCACCCUUGGCAGGAUUUGGUUAUGGUCUUCCAAUUUCUCGUCUGUAUGCCAGAUACUUUCAAGGGGAUUUGCAGCUUUAUUCUAUGGAAGGAUAUGGAACAUCAGCGGUUAUUUAUUUAAAGGCCUUGUCAUCAGAAUCUAUUGAGAGACUACCUGUGUUCAACAAGUCUGUAUGGAGGCACUAUCGAACAAGUAUAGAAGCAGACGACUGGUGCAUACCAAGCAGUGAGCCAAAAAACCUGGGAAAAUAUAAUGUUGAUGUAUGAGUGCUACAGCAGCAAGAUAAAGAGCAAUCUGCUUUUGUGGACCACCACUUAGCCUGUAUAGCGGCAGGUCACCAAAAAGUCAAAUGGAGUCCAGUUUCAGAUUAACAAGAGUAAGAUGUGUAUGCAAAGAAGGAGAUUCAAGAAGGUUGGGUACACAUUGCUUCUGUUCACUGGUGCCAUGAGCCAAUUACAAGACAAAAGACGCAGCUAAAGAAGUGUUAUAUAUUUGAGUAUGUUUCACUGUUAGCUGGUAACAGUUCUGGAAAAGUAAAGGUUGUUUAGUGGAAUGCCAGUGGAAACAGCAUAAACUAACAAAGUUAAAUUCAUAUUAUGCAAGCAUUCUUUUUAAUCUGACUCAAGUUACAGAUACCACUCAAUUUCCAUUACAGAUUUCAUUACAGUUUGAUUGUAAUUUGUAUAAUUAUUGUUCCAUAGGCUAUAGCCACACAUUUUUGUCAAUAGCAAGAUCAUGAGCUUCUAGCUAAAUGUAUUGUUUUACUCUAAUUUAUAAAAUACUACUUCAUUAUAUUAAACGGGAAUAUGGGCUUGCCUGUGUUGCUUAAAAGUGUUAGGGUAAUAUUAAUCAGUGAAAUUUGAGAUAAGCAUCAUAGUGUGUUUUUUUUCGUGGUAAAAUGUGAUUUACCAGUUACAGUGUUGGUGAGAGCAUUCAAGUAAAAAAUAAUUAGGACAAAUUCCACAUCUUUUGUACUGUACCACAAAUACCGAGAUAAGUCAUAUUUGAUCGUUGUAACAAACAAGUAAAAAACAAAGACGUUAAAGUCACUGUUGUCUACCAAAUUAGAAGAACAAAUUAUAUAUAUAAAUAUAUAUAGUGUAACUGCCUUUAGACUAAAAGACUGAAAGAUAACAAUGUAACACAGUGGAAUAAUAUUUUGAAAGGAGAUCACAAUGGAGAUGCAUAUCUUGACUUGUCUCUGCUUUUCUUAUUCCUAAACUAGAUCAGUUCAUUAAAAGGGAUCAAAAAUAAUGGUACUGUGUUUCCCUACAUCCAUAAUAAUUGUACCACACACCAAAGACAUUUAAUGUAUUAUUAAUUUCCAGAAAUUACUCUCUGCCAGUCCUAAUGACAAAGAUAUAAACCACAAAGCAUAAUCAUAUAAGCUAAUGUUGAUUUCUGCAUACCGCCUUAGGUAGGUGAGUGCCUUGCUAAAAUAAUUAGAAAAUAUCUUGGUAUCAUAUUACAGGUUUUUGUUUGUCAGUGGGUCGGUGCCACGUGUAUGAUACAGUAUAUAAGCUUGAUAUUAUCUUUAUUAUUUAAAACUGACAAAGUCAGUUCAUGAAACAUUUUUAUAAUAUGCCUCAGAUAAUAUGUGUUAAUAUUUCCUUCAUUGGUGGAUAUUGUCAGUGUUUAAUGCCAAAUAAACUGUGCUACAAUAAUGACAUGUAGACAAACCUGCCAUUGCUCUACAAAGUAUUUUACCAAUCAGUCCUCUGUGAAGCCAUAUUUCAUAAUAGAACAAAAUUAUAAUUUUGUGUAAUUUCUAAAGAAGUAACUAUAUUGUGUUUAUAGUAAUACUAAUCAUGGUUAUGUUGGAUUACCCAUCAUGGUUUUGUAAUGUAUAAUAUUUACAAUAUAAAAGAAAGUAAACAGAAUAAAAUAGGAAUUCUGUUUCAUCCACAGUCUUGUCUGUUUCUCAUUAUACUGUUUAUAAACUGAAAUAAAACAAUUACUAAUUGUACCUUUGAUUUAUUGUAGGGUCAUUAGCCAGGCAGAGUGGCUUGAAGCUCUGAAUUGCUCAGUACUCGGGUCAGAACAUAAAACUUCAAAGGAGUGUACAUUGCAUGGUCAGCCCACAUACUGUAGGCAGAAAAUAAUCACAUUU